UGUGGCAUCCUCGAUGUGGACCCUGUCCAUCUAAUGAACUUGGAGGAAUAUUAGAUGGAAGCACAGUGCUUGGUGGGAACCAAAUUAUUAAUGGAAAUAUUCCAGAUACUGAAUGCGAUCGCUUAAGUAACAGCGUUAUUAGCGAGAUGCAGUACCGAACCGUUAGUCCUGGUCUGAUGUUGAGAGAAUAUGGCAGCUACGGAUACGAUGACAUUUCACGUAUUUACACGUAUAGCUACCUUACUGAUGAACCGCAUUAUUUGAAGAAGCCAGUAGAUCCGUAUGAUAAGCCAUAUCCAGUUUCACCACACUUCCAUCGGCCCAGUAAUGUUGGAUCGCCUGGGAGUCGUCCGUCAUCUAGACCAUCAUCAAGGAACAAAAGCGCAAUGAAAGUUUUGGUUGAUUCAAUUCGUUCAGAAACUCCUAGGCCAAAAAGCCCAGCCAUGAAUAAUGAAGAACCGAUUGAAUUAUCACAUUAUCCAGCUGCUAAAAAGCCUCCUCCCGGUGAAAAAGCAAAAAUUGAACGAGAUGAUUUUCCGGCACCGAUGUUCAGGUUCACCGGUAAGUUCACCAAACAUUGAAUUUGACAGUGAUGUAAAAUGGUUAUGUUUGUGUAUAGGGAGAAUCUAUAUUAAACAACUAAGCGACAUCCUGAUGUAUACGUCUAUUUUUCUAUAAAAAUAAAUCAAUGAAAUCAAAGCCACAUAGACUGUAUAUGACAUUUCACUUCUCUCAGUAAAGAACAACGGGGUGACAAUUUCUGAAAGAGCACUGACUCGCCACCUACAGUUGGAAAAAUGCAUAUGUCAAAUUUCAUGGAAAAUUCAAAAGCUGUUAUACAAACAGUCCGUUAAGUAUUCUGUUCUAAUUUGUCAUUCUUGGACAUUCUUGGCCAUUCUUGGGUAUUCUCCAUUUUUUUUAAUUAAAAAAAUCAUUGGAUCAUUUAGAAUUCGUUUAUAAUUAUAUUUUGAUAUAGUUAAAAACAAACAAAUAUUUAUUAGCCCGGAAUAUUACAAAAUCAACGUAUUAUAACACACAGUUAUAACACCAAUACAAUGUCAAGUUCAUUCGAUGUAUGCGCAUUUGUUAACAUUCGUUCAAAGAAAGAAAAAAAGAAUAAGUAAAUACAUAUUUCUUUGUUUGUAUAUUUUAUUGUGAAUUGAAACUAAAAUCCACUAAAACUAAAAAAACUCGAUUCUAUACAUUCAAAAACAAAAAUGUUCAUUCAAAAUAAUAAAUUCAAAUCACUACGGGUCGAAUCAAAGAUGGCGAACAAAUGUCAUGAAAAAAACAUCUUUAACUCGUCAACUUGUUCCAAAUUCCAGUCAUAGUAAAAAAAAAUUUUUUUAACUAUAUUGUUAAUAAUAAUAUCAUUAAAUCAUUAUAUAAUUGAAUUAAAUAAUAUAUGGAUUACUCAUUUUUUAUAAUGUUUCUAUGAACAAAUGCGGA